UAAUAGUGGCUAUAUACAAUAUAGAUGUUUAUACAGAAUAUAGAGAUGGCUAUGCUAGUGGGUUUCCUAGCUUUGUUUGUUCUGCAAGGAGCAGCUCAUUCACAAUCGUUCUCCUUUGAUUUCGUUGAUGACUCUGACAAUCUCCCAGGAUUGCAAGUGGACUCCACUGGGAGAACAUUUCUUGCUGCAGACAAUUACCUGUAUAGACUGAAUGCUCAGCUAAUACAAGAAGAGAGAGUUGAUCUAGGAGAUGCUGUUAUUAACGAAGGACUGGCCCUGAGCUCUACUGGGAUGUUGGUGGUGUGUUUAGAUGAUCUCUCUUGCUCUCUCUACAAUGCAAGCAACCUCAGUGCUGGUCCCAUCAGGAGUGUCAGUGAUGCUAUAGUAGCUCUUGAUUAUGGAGCAGCUAUCAUUGCGUCAGGAGACACUUUCUUCACUGGAUCUGGAGCAGAAAAUGAGAUGGCACUGCAACAGUUUGGAGAGGGGUUUAGUAGAUCGUCUGAUAAAAAUCCAUCAGGCACGCGCAAUGAAUUUGUUUUUGGAGUUAGUAACUUUGAACGACAAUUCUACGCAUAUGGUGGUUUUGUGAGUGGUGAAUUUGCAUACUAUGUUGUCGUUGACUUCCGACCUGUUAGUGCACAGGCUAUAAGACUGCUACGUGUUUGCAACCUGCCUGAUUGUGGAGGCCCAAGUACCUGUGGAGUGACUGCUUUGUAUGAACUGGGGUUCGAUUGCGGCUUUCAGGGGAUCACUGAAGAUACUUGUUUGUGUGCAGUGUCAUUAGUGGAGGACUUCAGUGGAAUAUCUGGGCCCACUGCUGUCAUAAAUAUUUGUUACGGCGGUGCUAACUCUAUUUGUCUGGUCAAUAUCACUGCUGUCGAUGAAGCUAUAGACACUAAAUAUAACUCUUGCAUUGUGUCACGUACUGUUGGAGAAGAAAUUGGCUUAAAAUGGAAAACAGGCUCAGAAAACUGCGAUACCUUGCCCCAGCCUCAGGUAACUGAAGACAGAUGUGACACACCCAGUCCAGUCGGCCUUCUCACUCCAAAUGGUGGUAUUGACAAAAUAGCACCAGUUCGUAUCAACUUCGAAGACAGUCUUGUCCCUAUUGCUUCAGUAGCUGUGAAGGUGGAACAGUUCUCUUUAAUAUUUGUGGCAACUGAUGAUUCGAAGAUAAGAGGAUACGAUGUCAGUGGUACAUUGACCCUGGACACUGAUAGCUCAUUCUACAAUCAGCCAGUGACCUCUGAUGUAUUUCAUUUGUCAUGGCAGGAGGGACUGAACUACAUCACAGCAGUCACUAGAGACUCUGUGUUCCAGGUACCGAUUGAGGAGUGCUCUCAGCGUAUAGACUGUACCAGUUGUACCAAUGACCUCAACCCGCUGUGUGGGUGGUGUGUGGUGGAGAACAAGUGCUCUCGUCAGACCCAGUGUCAGAACUCCAGUCUUUCCAGUAGAUGGACACAAGAUAAUGCCAACUGUUUUACUGCUGCUACUGUGGACCCUAUGCAACUUGUGCUUGACUCUGCGAUUCUUGCUAACGAGCUCACAGUGACUCUGACCUCCCCCGGCCUUCCUGAUCGUCUGCCUGGAGAAAACAUGUCCUGUCAUCUGGCAGACAGUGAAAGACGUUUCCCACCAUUCAUAGUACCAGCUGUUGAGGUCACCCCUGGAACAGUGUUCCAUUGUGAUAUUGAAGGACUGAUGCCUGACUACCCUGGAGUGACUGCAAACAUCAGCCUGGGCUUUCAGAGCUCUUUGUUCAAUAAGCCAUUUGACAUCACCAACCAAGCACUCACUAUCUACAGGUGCUCAGCAGGAGAAAGCUGUAAGGAUUGCCUCGGGCUCAACAGUCCGUGUGGAUGGUGUAACCUCAACAAGCAGUGCGGUGGCACAUCGGCUCCUUGCAGGAAUGUAUCUCACUUCCUACAGGUGUCUGGAGGUAAUGACUUCACUGCUGAGUGCCCCCUGUUGGACACGCCCCCCUCUGGUGUGUACACUCAACCAGUAAGGGUGGCCCAGGACCUUCGACUGACAACCAGGCACCUCAUCGCCCCCACGGAUGGUUUUGAGUACUUUUGUGUUGUGAAUGGAGUUAAUCUGACAGCUCGGUACGAGAACGAGAGCUCCAUCCUGUGUACAGUGGGCAGUGGACAACUCACACUUUCCACUGGGGUUGGAACUUCUCAUGUGGUUGUCAUGGUAACCUGGAUGGGUAAUGAAGUCAACCACACACUGAGCAACACUAUGCAACAAAUUUCAGUGACAUUGUAUGAUUGUCGUGAUUUGGCCAGUGGAUAUUCAGACUGUUUAGCGCCCAGAAUGGGGUCAGAGUUUGGGUGUGGGUGGUGUGAGGAUAGUUGCGAGGUGAUGCAGGAAUGUUCUAGCACCUUUGUUACCGAGGGGGGAAAUCCUCCUGCCCCUGUCAUCAACUUAUUCACUCCAAUAUCGGGACCAGUUGAGGGUGGUACAGCAAUCACUGUGAUGGGAAAUGACCUCGGAGGGACUUUUGACGACAUUCAAAAAUCUGCCCUAACAUUAGGAGGCGUGGCCUGCUCUCCCCUCAACAUUAGUUUUAUACCAUGGCACCAGUUUGUCUGUGAGACCACCAACUUUGUAACUGGAGGACUCAAAGAGUUUUCUCUGGCCAUUGGUUCUAGAGUAGCCAUCGUAAGCGUUGACUCCUUCACUGCAGUGGAUCCUACUAUCAAUAGGGUGACUCCGACCUUUGGACCCAUGGCGGGGGGAACUGUAGUAGUUGUGAGUGGGACUGCACUGGACGUGGGUAACCAGGAGAACACUAGAGUCUCUCUGGAGAUCAGCGAGUGGUCAAGAUACGUCUGCAACAUAUCAUCUGUCCAGUCUGAGAAAAUUCUUUGCAGGACCUCAGCAGCAAACCUCACUUCUGCUGCAUUAGUGGUGGUGUCCAUUGAUGCUGCCAGAGUCAGCAAUCCAGGAGUGGUCUUCAUUUAUUGUAACAACCCCAAUGUUACUGCUGUGUUUCCUAGCAACACCAUUCCCAGUGGAGGCAUUACGCUUAACUUCACUGGAGUGUACUUGGACGUGGUACAACAGCCUGUGUUGGAGGUCUACCGGCCAAUGGAGGCUCCUCUGAGGAGCAACUGCAGUGUUGUGGACAAUACCACCAUCAUGUGCUCCACUCCUAACCUAACGUCAAGCUCACUGACCCCAUUGGGCUAUGCCCUGAUGUUUGAUGGUGUUUCACUCAUCACACAAGCACGCCUCCCCAUCAGCGUCCAAUCAGAUCCAUCCAACUUUAGACUAGAGAGUUCUCAAGAGGUCACCAGUGGCACAGAGAUGCUCAUACGCAUUGUGGGUGAUAAUAUCGACUCAGUGGAGACCAGUGAGAUACGAGUGACGGUGGGAGGGGAGGAGUGUGGCAAGACACCCAGUAGCUUGAGAGGGAGUGAAAUCAUCUGUACCGCCCCCUUGGAGCCCCCGGGAGGGGAAAACCCAGCCACCAUACAAGUGAAAAUUGGGAGCAACAUCGCUCAAAUAUUAGACCAGCAACUGACUUACACAGUUCCUGCGGCUGGACUUCCACUGGAGAUCAUCAUCCCAAGUGUUUUUGGAGGGGUUGUCAUGGUCAUAUGUCUGCUGAUCAUUGUGUUCGUCUGUUUCUAUCUGAACUCUCGGAGGAAGACUGUGCCAAUUGCUAUGCAUGAACAGAUCUUGGAUAUUGUGGCUAAUAGGAGAACUCGAGAGGGAAUACUAGAUCUACCUGUGGAUGGCAAUACUGCACUUGUUAAAUCAGAACUUGUUGAGAUUGCUGAGUCCAUCCCAGACUCAUUCAAAAUACCAGCCUCAAAAUUGAAGCUCUCCAGUACUGCAAUUGGACAAGGUGAAUUUGGCAUUGUGUACAAGGGUGUCCUGACAGACUGGAACAAAGUUCCUAUGCAAGGGGUCGCCGUGAAGACAUUAAAAGGUCUAUUCUCAAUGUCUGAUGUUCAGAGCAUGGUGUGUGAGGUGAACAAAAUGCAUGACUUCAACCAUCCUUACGUCAUGUCCCUGAUUGGGGUGUGUCUCGAUGCUGGCCCCGGCAUUGCCAUAGUGAUGCCAUAUAUGGCAAACGGGAGCCUCAUUGACUAUCUUAAGAGAGAGAGGAGCAGCCUUGAGUUGAACGAUGACUGUGACAUUGAUCAGAUUCUACAAGUAAGGAAACUGCUACUAAAUAUGUGCCGUCAGAUAGCACUGGGAAUGGCCUACUUGGGUGAACAGAAAUUCGUCCAUCGAGAUCUUGCAGCCAGAAACUGCAUGCUGGACUCGGGAGGGGGUGUCAGGGUGGGGGACUUUGGUCUGGCUGAGGAUGUCUAUGCUAGCGGCUACUUCAGACAGAACGACCGAGCCAAUGUGAAGCUGCCCUUCAAAUGGAUGGCAUUGGAGAGUCUCAACGAUGCCAUCUUCACAGAGAAAACUGAUGUGUGGUCAUAUGGUGUGACUGUGUGGGAGGUCUUUAAUGGAGGACGGACCCCCUAUCCUGCCGUAGACCCGCUGUCCCUCAUCCAGCUGCUGGGGGAGGGGCAGAGACUCAAGAGACCUCUUAAUGCAGCCUGUGACACCGAGAUUUAUGAGGUGAUGCAAAAGUGUUGGAGGGAAGACCCAGAAGAGAGGCCAACCUUUUCCCAACUGUCUGCGAUUGUGGACAAGUUACUGACAUUAAUUUCUGGCUACACAGAGCUCAAUAUGGUGCUACUAAACACAGUUCAAGAGGCAAAGCAGCUCGAAUGUGACUGUGAACCCGCACUCACUGAAGACGCUCAUCGCUAUGUUGACCCUCCGUCAGGCUACCCUCUGACAAUUAUUAAAAACAACGAAGCCUACGACCUCAGUGAAGAAAUUACUACAACAGACAAUUAAUGCUCGAUAACAAUGGAGUAAACGUCGAUGGUUUUCCCCUGGUACAGUUUUAUAGCAAUGGACAGCGAAUAAUUAUAUAAUCAAUUCCAGCAGCUGUCUGUGCAACCUUGGUAUAAUAAUUUAUUUGGAUACUAUACACAUCACAAAUAUACACUCAGUAUUAUCGUAGCCUAGCUAUAUUAUUGUUAGAUGGUUUUUUUUUUGUCUGCAUAAUUAUUUUACCAAUGAAAUUCA